UCGUACUCAUGGGGUAAAGCACCAUGUUGGAGCAGUUGUUACAAUGUAAUAGCCUGUUGCAUAAAGACUGUACAUGUUACCACAUGCAGCUGACAAUUAACUUGUGGCCUGUAGCAGUUUGCCUUCAGCACAGAGUAAUAAGGUGUAUUUACAGGAGUAAAAAGAGAGGACAGAAGAAAAUUAACUGACUUUUUCCAGGGAAAAGUGUUUUUCAUGGUUGAGGGUCCUCCUUUUGUUCAUAAAGAAACUACACUAGUGUGAAAUGUUUUGAGCCAUGUGAUUUUACACGGCAAUAAUGCAAGGUAAUUUAAAAAUCUGUGGUAUUUUAUUAUUGAAUGACAGAAGUCUUGAGUUAUAAAGGUGAAUAUGCCGCCUGUCAUUUACAGUAGCCUGGCUCCCUGCUCUUUGGCUCUGCGAUGCUGAAUCUGUUAGGUUACCUCUUCAGCACUUCUCCCCGGAGGGACGAUGAGACACCUGUCACACGCUGCUGCCUGCUUUCCUGUCUGCUGCAGAGAGAACCCUCCAAGCUCCUCUCUGCGUCUACAAAGUCAUGGAAAUCAGAGGCGUUUUGCUUUGGCUGUGUGGAUUUGUUUGUGUUUUCAGAUUUCUUCAAGCAGAAUCCACCUGUAAGCUGAAGGCCAAGUUCAACCUGAACAGCUACAAGGAUGUGAUAAAGAAGAAGGUAGUUAUCGGCGGGAUGUUUUCUGUCCACAAUCAGCUCGCUUCUACUGAUGGGAACACGUCAAGGGUGCCGGUUUCCUCCGGGUGUGAGGGAUUUAAUUUCCGCACUUUCCGCUGGACCCAGACCAUGCUGUUUGCCAUCGCUGAAAUUAACGAGAGGAAGGACUUGCUACCCGACACUGACCUGGGUUAUGUCAUUUAUGACUCGUGCUACACCAUCUCCAAGGCUGUGGAGGGAACCCUGACCUACCUGACGGGCCAAGAUGAAGCCGUGCCCAACUACCGCUGUGGCAAUGGGCCGCCUCUUGCUGCUCUGGUGGGGGCUGGGGGCACUGAUCUGUCCAUCGCUACGGCUAGGAUACUGGGCCUUUAUCACUUUCCACAGGUCAGCUACUUUUCAACAUGUUCUGCCCUGAAAAAUAAGUUCCAGUUCCCCACCUUCUUAAGGACCAUCCCUAAUGACAAGCACCAGUCUACAGCCAUGGCCCAGUUGGUGCUCCACUUCGGCUGGACAUGGGUGGGCAUCAUAGCUGCUGAUGAUGACUAUGGCAAGUAUGGCAUUAAAGACUUCAAGGAACAGGUGGAGGAGGCCGGUGUCUGCAUCUCCUUCUCCGAGACCCUACCCAAGGGGAGCUCCCCAGAGGCCAUCCAGAGUAUUGUUCAGACUGUGAUCGGGUCCACAGCCAAGAUCAUCGUGGUCUUCUCGUCAGAUGUGGACCUCAGCCCUCUCAUCACUGAGCUCCUCCACCACAACGUGACCAACCGAACCUGGAUUGCCAGCGAGGCCUGGGUCACCUCUGCCCUCAUCAAUCAACCCGAGGUGAACUCGCUCCUGGCUGGCACCCUGGGUUUUGGGGUGAAGAGGGCUGACAUCCCUGGUCUCCAGCGCCAUCUACUGGAUCUGGACCCCUAUGCUGAUCCGCUCACUGAGGAAUUCUGGGAAACGCUGUUUAACUGCACAUUGGACUAUGGCAAAGCCCUGAGAAUGGCCAAGGAGAGGGCCGGCGGGGUGAACAGCACGCUGUCCAGAGCAGUGAGGGGGUUACCUGAAGGCCUGUGCAGCGGGAGCGAGUCUCUCGCACAGCUCAAUAACACCUACUCUGAUGUCUCUCAGCUACGGAUUACUUACAGUGUCUACAAAGCAGUGUACGCCGUGGCUAAUGCCCUGCACAACCUGGAGCAUUGUGAACCAGGGAAAGGGCCCUUUGUUGGGAAAAGCUGUGCCGACAUCACCAACUUUGAGCCUUGGCAGCUUAUGUAUUACCUGAAGAAUGUGCGCUUCAAAGUUCCCACCACAGAGGAGGAGAUCUUCUUCAAUGACGGGGACAUAGAGGGCUACUAUGACCUCAUUAACUGGCAGGCCAGUGGUGAAGGGGAGAUCUCCUAUGUGACUGUGGGAGACUACAGUGGAUCUGCAUCCCAGGCGUACAGACUGAACCUGAUGAACGGCUCCAUCGUUUGGAACAGUGGAGAGCCGCAGCCUCCACGGUCGGUGUGCAGCGAGAACUGUCAGCCCGGGACCAGGAAGGGGAUUCGGCAAGGGGAGCCUGUGUGCUGCUUCGACUGUAUCCCGUGUGCAGACGGAGAAAUCAGUAACACAACCAAUGCGCGUGAGUGCAUCCUGUGCAGCGGAGAUUACUGGUCCAAUGAUGCUCAUGAUGCCUGUGUGCCAAAAAUCAUCGAGUUCCUGGCCUUUGGAGAGCCACUGGGAAUCACGCUCAUCGUCAUCUCUGCCUUUGGAGCUUUAGUAACAAUUGGUGUUGGGGUGGUGUUUGUUGUGUACAUAGGUACCCCUCUGGCCAAAGCCAACGAUGCUCUGCUGAGUUUCACAUUGCUCCUCUCCCUCGUGGUGACCUUCCUCUGCUCCAUCGUAUUCCUGGGGGAGCCGCAGCCUUGGAGCUGCAUGACCAGCCAAGUGGCUUUAGCUCUGGGCUUCGCUCUCUGCCUGUCCUCCAUCAUGGGUAAGGCGGCGCUGUUGAUGCUCAGAGCUCGGGCCCUGAAAGCAGCCCGCGUCAAAGCCAAAGCAGCUGCCAAAGCUGCAAAAGCUGCAGCUGAAGCAGCAGCGAACAGCGGCAGUCCUGACGUGAUUGUAACCACCGUAAACAGCGAUCCCGGCACCUGUCCUGAUCCUGAGGUGGACGGUGUCACCUGUGCCCAGCAGAGGACAAUAGCUGCUGUGGCAACAAUAAUACAGGCUGUAGCAUGCACCGUGUGGCUCAUCAUCCUCCCCCCACACCCAGUCAAGAACACCUCGGCCCAGAAUAUAAAGAUCAUUCUUGAGUGUGACGAAGGCUCUGUGGUCUUCAUCUGUUGCAUCUUUGGAUAUGACAUCCUUCUGGCUCUGCUGGCGUUCGUCUUCGCCUUCAUUGCCCGCAAACUGGAGGACAACUUCAGUGAGGCAAAGUCUAUGACCUUCGGCAUGCUGGUCUUCUUCAUCGUUUGGAUCUCCUUCGUCCCCGCUUACCUCAGCACGCGUGGGAAGUUCAUGGUUGCUGUCCAGAUUUUUGCCAUCCUGGCUUCCAGCUUCGGUCUGCUUGCCUGCAUCUUCCUCCCCAAGUGCUACGUUCUUUUGAUCAAACCUGAACGCAACAAAGAAGAGCUGAUGAAGCCCCGUCCCAAACCCCGGGACGGUUCCUCCACUGGCACUUCAGCCUCUCUCGCUACAGCUGCUACAGUAGUCAACGCAUCAAUCGCAUCCACUGCUAUUGAUUAAAAAAGCUGAAAUCGUCCACAAAAGAGAAAAUAGCAUAGUUUUGGCACCGAUUCAGAGAACAAUUGACCCAACAAUUCAGAUAUUCCUUGUGUUGUUACUCAAUUUACCAUUUUUUUUAGUCUAUAAUUAACAAAUAAAUCGUAUGACACACAAAAUGUAGAUUUAUUUGACAGAUAGUUUGCAGUAGGGAUGAUUUUAGAGAGCAAGAAAAUAAAACUUUGCCCCAAAAAUGAUUAGAUAUCUCAAAUAUAUCUUCAAAAGGUCAACUUUUUCAAAAGAUAAUUUCAAUGUCCAAGUAAAUGCAGGAUAUCGCUGCUUUCACUUGCUUUAAUGUGUGUGUCUCAAUCCAAUUUAAACACAUGAAACAUUUUUCUGAAUUUUACUGUCAAAGCUGCGGGCGUUUAACUGUAGUUAUCUAAUUCAAACAAAAGCCAAUGUUUACCUCAGAUACAUUACUGCUGCAUCUUUCAUUUUGAGCCUUUUUUUAAUUUGCAAACAUUUUUCUUAUGUUGUUUCAUACAAGUUAUAAGCUUUAUUUGUAUGAAGGUUUUCCAUUUAAAGCUUCUUUUUAUCAUUAAAGCUUGUGAAUGUGACAUGAAUAAAUGUGACUUUGUUGACAUUAGCCAAUAAACUAAUA